AUGGAUGUAACUGCCUAUUACACUGAGUUGGAAACUCUCUGGGAGGAGCACAAGAACUAUAUUGGGCUGCCUGUUUGCACUUGUGGCAAGUGUGAAAGUAGUGCUGCUUUGUUGUGGGAGAAAUUGCAACAGAGGAGCCGUGUAACUAAAUUUUUGAUGGGUUUGAAUGACUCAUAUGAAGCCACUCGAAGCCAGAUCUUAAUGAUCAAGCCUAUGCCAUCAAUCGAGCAUGCUUUCCACAUGGUGACUCAAGAUGAGUGGCAAAAGAUCAUUACUAAGCCUACUCAAACUGAUGGUGUUGUUUUUCAAACUUUUGGUCUUCCUACUAUAGUUGUAUAUGAUGUUCCUACCUAUGAAGGUCCUAUAGAUAAUGUGGCUUAUGCUGUUCAGAAUACAUAUCGCCCAAGGAAAUCUCGUCCUCUUUGUACUCAUUGUGGGAUGUCAGGACAUGUUGUUCAGAAGUGCUUCAAGUUACAUGGAUAUCCUCCUGAUUAUAUUCCUGGUUUCAAGAGUAUUUCUUCUGGCUAUCACUCUCAACGUAUGGCUAAUCCACAGAAUGUUCAACAAAAAGGUCAAUCUCAGUCUAUCACUUCACAGUAUCAUCUGAGGGCUCAUACAGUUGCGAACAUCACAUCUUCUUCGUCAUAUGUCCCUCCACCUGCUUUGAAUGCAAUUAACUUGGAUGUUAGCAAGAUGACCUCUGAUCCAACAACUCUCGACGUACAUGCAACUUCUAGAAAACUAGGCUCCUUCUAA